GUGACCUAUUACAUUAUACAAGUGAAAGUACACCUGCAGAAUUCAGUUUGAAACUCGUCUCACCAUACAGAGAAAUCUCCCUGUCUAAAAUGGUUAUCAGUUGCUGAGUGGUCUAAGUAGUUCAACUACUGCAUUACUAGCCUGUCAACACUGAGGUUGUGAUUUUGAGUCCCACAUGUUGCAAGUGCAUUUGACUUCAAUCUUGAUUGACUAGGAUUUUUGAAGUUUGAAGAUGGGAUGUUUUAAGAUACUUGUUUUACUUAAUAUAUUUUGGCUAACAACCUACACCACUGCUUAUAUAAGACCUAUCAUUGGUGUUGUAGCUCAAAAGUCUUCUGGUGGCCAUGGUGACACAGGAAUACCAGCAGACUACAUUAAAUGGAUAGAAAGUGCAGGAGGUGGUGUUGUGCCAAUAAGGGACAAAGAAUCUGAAGAAUACUACGAAAAAAUGUUUAAAUAUACAAAUGGAGUACUGCUUCCAGGAGGCGGUGUAGAUCUGUUUACAUCAGGCUAUGCUAAUGUUUCAAGAUACUUCUAUGAGAUGGCACUGAAGGCUUAUGAUAAAGGUGACUAUUAUCCUGUAUGGGGAACAUGUUUAGGAUUUCAGGAGUUAUCUGCCCUUACUGCAGGAGUAUUGGUGACAACAAAUGCCAGCGUGUGGGAUAAGUCUCUUCCUUUGAAUUUAACUGAAGAUUACAAAGAAAGUCUUAUGUUUGGUAAUCUUCCUGAUGAUGUUAAGAACUAUCUAAUGAAAGACAAUGUAACACCUAACUUCCAUUCAUAUGGUGUAACAGUUCAGACAUACAACAGUAACUCCAGACUGAAAACAUUUUUUAAAGUGUUGUCAACAAAUGUAGCUUCAAAUGGGAAAGAAUUUCUCUCAACAGUUGAAGCACAUAAAUAUCCAGUAUAUGGUAUACAAUGGCAUCCAGAAAAGAGUAACUUUUUAUGGAACAGUAGAUAUACUGGAUUAGUACAUGACUUUCAGUCUAUACGGGUCUCACAACAUUUUGCCAACUUUUUUAUCAGUGAAGCCAGGAAAAAUAAACACAAGUUCCCAAGUGUUGAGAUGGAAGCUAAAGCAAUGAUUAACAAUUAUCCAGUUUGGUAUACAGCCGAUUCUACAUUUGAAGAAAUGUAUUUCUUCAACUAUACAAUUAAUUAAAUCAUGCUUAUGAUAUCAAUCUGUUUGAUUAUUAAACAAAAAAUCUUAUAAACAUGUAAAUAGAAUUUUAAACGGAAAAAUCUUUCACCAGAGGAUUGUUAACCUGUAAGUUUUCAAAGGUGACAAUACAAAGUCAUCUCAAAAUUCUGAAAAAAGCAUGUAAUUUUAAUUAUACUUGAAAUUUCUUAACAAAUUAUAGUACUGUUUGGUUUCGUUUGCUUUUUUUUUAACUUUAGAUGUAAUAAUACCUUUAGUUAUCCUUUUACAUACUAUUUUAUUUUGAUGUACUUUAUGAUGAGACCAUGUCAACAAGUCCCUCGGCAGUUUAUUUUAUAAUAUGUCAUCCUGUAAUAACUGUAUUAUUGUAUUAACAUAUGUAUGUUUCUCAGAAAUCCUAGGUCUCCAAGUCACUGUAAAUAUUCAUCAACAAUCAUUUUUGACUGUGAUAUCUUAUAAUUGUAUUCAUUUUUACAUUACUGAUCCUGUUUAAUAAAUAUACAUUUACUUUUA